UGACAGUACUUCCUUCCCUUCUCAUCCCCAACUUUUUAUACACCACCCACUUUGCUCCUCCCCCAUUCUCCACACAUCCCUUUUGUCUCUUGUCCCCCCUCCUUCUCUCUCCUUUCCAUUUGCCAUCCUCCCUCAUGCACCCAAAAGCUAGUAGGACACCCAGAAAGAGACAAGGCUAGGAGAAAAAGCAAGAGAUAGAGAGAGCGAAAGAUGCCUCAGGCUCCUUCAACAAGGUGGUGCCCAACCCCAGAGCAACUGAUGAUACUGGAAGAGAUGUAUAGGAGUGGAGUGCGGACUCCCACUGCUUCUCAGAUACAGCAGAUAACGGCCCACCUCUCCUAUUACGGGAGGAUUGAGGGAAAGAACGUGUUCUACUGGUUCCAGAACCACAAGGCCAGGGACCGGCAGAAGCUCCGGAGGAGACUCAGCAGGCACCACCACCUUCUCUUCUCCUGCACCCACCCACACUCUCUCCACCGCUUUCAGGAAACCUUCCAUCCUCCACCACUUCCUCCUCCCCCUCCUCCUCCUCCUCUUCCAUUCCACCACCAGACCCUACCUCACUUCCUCCACCACGUCCCCGUCAACUCCUCCUCCUCCUCCACUCUUUGUCAUUGUUUCUCGGGAGGAGGCUCCCAAGUGGCAAACCAAGGACUAAAUUUGCUCUGCAAACUGGAGACUGGAGGACGAGAAGAAACCCCAACGACGGCACAUAACAUGGAGUAUGGGUAUGAAUGGAUGGCGAAGAUGGAUGGAGGCUCGGCCGUUCCACUGUGUUGCCGGCCUCUCAAGACUCUGGACCUCUUUCCCACCAAGAGCACUGGGCUCAAGGAUGAGGGCAGCACCAGCAAGUCUUCCUCAUGCUCAACGUCCACAAACUUGUCUCCAUAGCUGAUGGCUGGCCUCUCUAACGGGCUAGAUGCCUAUCCACCUAUAUAUAUAUAUAUAUAUAUGGGCCUAUCUGAUAUAUAUGUAUCUCUGGAUCUUUUCCUAUGGCUUCUUUUCUUCUGCUGGUGAUGCUAAGGCUGUUGUAUGGUCUAGUAGAGAAGCUACUUGUGUAACUCAGUUCUGCAUUCUGCAUGCACUGUUCCCCUUCUGUUUAAUUUCUUUUCCAAAUUAGAGUCCAUGGAACUCUUGGUUGGGGUCUCUGUUGCUUUCCACUCUUUUCUCUUUGGAUUUGGAUUUUCUGCUCUCAUCUCUGUCUCUUGUUUCUAAAAGCUGCCAGGCCCUACAUCAGUACUUGGAAGACUUGUUAAUAUCAGCCUUUAAUGGUUUUAAGACCAGUCAAUCAGACACCGUCUCUCUCUCUCUCUAGAGAGAGAGAGAGAAAGAGGUAGGACCUGAGGCCAAAUGGUGUAGUAGACAAGACGGGGUCUUGGGAGUUGGGGUAAUGGGCUGCCAUUCUGUGUUUGGGAUUGCGUAAUGGCAGCCUUAAUUUUUCAACUAGCGAGCAAAAGGUGUAUAGAAAAAGUUGGGGA